AUGGCUCUUUCGCAUGAUGAUCUCGAACCAACGGAGGAAGUUGACGCUUCAGGUAUCCAGCAAAUGCUGGCCAGGUCAGGCAUCCCGGAUUGCAUGUGGCGUGAGUUUGAAAUAUUCACUCCUGAAGAGUUCGGUGCUUUGGCUGCCACGGACUUGCAGUCAUUCAUUGAUGCUUUGUCUUUCCCUGCCGAACCAUCGGAGGUUUUGAUUAAGGCCCGGAUACGCCUCUUGUGGCGCAGGUGUGCUGUGCACGACGCGCCGUUGCAGAUCCCUGCAUCAUCUGUGUUGCAGUCCACUGCUGCCAAGCCGGCUGUGUCUUCGGAGCAGUCAACAUGGUCUGAGGCUUUCCCCAAGAAACUUUCUUCAGAGACCGUUCGGGAGAUGGUGGCGAAAUUCACGCGGCGGUAUCCUUCGGAACCGCUAGGGCCGGAUGUUAUGCCAGGCCCACGGCUGCUGGCACUUGUGCAUGCGCAGCUUCAGGAACGUCGCUGGCGCUGGGUGCCGUGGAAGCUCAGGCUUUCAGAGGAGCAACAUGAAUCCAAGAGCUUGGAACGUUCCCUUAAAGCUCAGAUGCAAGAGCUGCUGCAUCUUCAUGCGGUCGCCAUUGCGCUUGCCGACGGGGCUCACCUUUUCACACUCAGGGAAAUGAAUCGGCGCUUUAUCGCCAAGUGCUUUGAGUUCUAUCCUAAGGAGGGUGGUCUACGCUCCCCCAACCGUCUGGAGGCCGAGGUAGCCGAUCAGCCCAUACGUGAGACUGUUGUGGCACGCAAUGAAGUGGCCGUGCAGCUCAUGCCCCGCGCAGCGGGCCAAUCCAUGAAUGGCCAUGUGUACUCACUUUUAUUUCGUGUGAUAGCUCUGCUGCAUGCGGUUUUUCAGAGCGGGGGCCAUGUCUGCUUGUCUUUGCCUGUGCAAACUUCAGCUUGGAAUGAACCGGUGGUGCAGCAGUUUCUGCUUGACAUAUCUGCGGACAUUAUCCACCUGUCCGGUGACACGCACGGCCCGUGUGGCGAUUCUUCAUUCGUGCUGGCUUCCAAUUGGCGCCCGCUGCAAUCUUUGCAGUCAGCUCUUGAGCAAGCUGCUCAUGUGCGGCCACCGCUCAGUGGCAAGCGUGACUCCGAAGGCCACAUGGUCACUCGCGCCGUGCACCAGUGGCCAGCUCAGCUUUGUGAAUCUUUUUUGCAGGCUGUGCUGCCUUUGUUUGAGGGCCACUUAUCCGGGCAGCAUGAUGAUCGUCUUUCAUUGCAAGCUGCUCUUGAUGCAUUGCCCCAGCGUUCUGCGACAGAUUUCCCCACUGGCCAACAAGACGGCGGCGGCAUUUACAGUUGCCCUGAUUGGACUACGCCCCCUGCGGGUAUGCCCGAUGUCUUUCGCAGUCUGCGCUCAGACUUGAUGAAGUUCUUCGCCGAACAGCGCAUCUUUGACAGAUUGCGCAAACAUGUUGCCGCAGGGGCUGCGGAUCCACUUUUUGAUCAGACUGAGGUCGCCCAUCUUCGCGAGCAAUGGCAAGCUUGGUUCCGGGCCCAGGGUUUUACGGAAGAAAUUUCUUGGGUUGUCCCCCCCGACCAGCCCUAUUGCCUUCUUGCGCUUGAGAAGUUGAGUCAGGCUUUGCAAGAUCGGGAUGUCGCAUUGUGGCGUGAUCUUCAAGCUGGCGUUCCAACUGGUGUCGAUGGUGAUAUCUCGAACAGUAAUUGCUUCCUGCCGAGCCCGGCUCAAUUUGAUCCGUCGGCCUUUGAUGUUCAAAUAUGCUCUGGCAACUGGCCAGGCGCUCUGGAAGAUCCAGAGCUGCUGGAUUCUUUAGUGCAGCAAGAGGUGGAUGCUGGCUACUUGCAUGUGUUCGACAGUCUUGAGGAAGCCCAAGAAAAAUGGCCCAGGCUCGCAGUAGGUAAGGUCAAUGUCAUUAAAAGUGGCAACCGCAAGCCGCGGCUGAUUGUCGACCCAUCCAUAUCGGGGGUGAACGCUUCUUGCCACUUGCCAGAAAGGUUUCUACUUCCGGGUUUGGGGGAUAUCAGGUCUUGCUAUCCCUUGCGAGGCUGUAGCCAUGAGGUUGCAGCCGCAAGCCUCGAUAUUGCCGCGGCGCAUAAGACGGUUCGCAUUCGUGCUUCAGAGCAAGGUUUGUUGGGAUUUUGCGUCAAAGGUCGCUAUUAUUUUUAUAAAGUAGCACCUUUCGGCGGAAGUUUUUCCGCCUUAUGGUGGCAACGUCUUGCCGGCUUUUACGUUCGUUUGGGUCACCGGUUGGUUUACAUUAGCCACAUUUUCAUGAUGUACGUUGAUGAUGCUUUGCUUAUUCAACGGAAGGAGGCCAUCGAGUUUUCGACGCUUCUACUGCUGUCUUUUUCCCAGGCUUUUGGGUGCCCCAUCAGUUGGCGCAAGCUUCAGUUAGGCCCCAAAGUGGAAUACAUAGGGUGGUCCAUCAACGUCCGCUCUGGUUCGGUUGAGCUUCCUGCAUCCAAGGUGGCGAAGUUCCUUAAUGCAUUGACUCAGGUCGCUUCCAAUGAUCCGUGUUCCAAGCGGGACUUGCAAGCACUCAUUGGCUUGAUGCAUUGGAUCUUGCAGAUUGCUCCCACCUUGUUGCCAUGGUUGUGCACACUUUAUCAUGAUUUAAGUAGACCGCUGGGUACAAAUUUCUCCUUGCACGCUGGUGCUUGGCAGCAGCUGCACUCUUUCCUUGAUGACGGCAUGAUUUUUCAACGCACCCCUCCAGGUACGAGCAUUCGGGUCGGCAGCAAGCUCCUCAGUGUGAGGCACGUGGAUAUCAAUUGCAAGCAGGAUUUGCGGAAGGUCAAGUGCACUGGCAAGCGCCUCUGGGCUCGUAUUGCGGACCCAUCGUCAUCUAAGCGCAAGAUCUGUCCUACUAGCAAAUCGUUCAUCAUGUUUUGGAUGCAUUGGUGUUUACGCCCGCAAAUGCCCAUUUCCUUGGCGUUUCCACCUUUGGAUUUUAAAUACACACUUGCUGCGGAUGCUUGUGCCAAGAACGAUGACAUUGGCAUCGGGGGUUGGGUUCAGCUGCCGGGUCAGCCUUGUGUCUGGUUCGCAGAGCGCUUCAAAGUUCAGGAUUUCCUUGAUCUUGGCCUGCCAAUGCAGGCCCAAGCCAACUUGGAUAUCACGGCUUAUGAGACUUUGGCACAAAUUGCACUGGUCGUGUGCUUUGCAGCCUUCACUCAGACGGGCCGCUUGCGUGUGCGCAUCCCAUCGUGGAGCGAUAACAGUGGCACAGAGUCAGUUGCCAAUAAACUUUUCACGGUGCGCUCGCCGGUGUGUUUCUUUGCUCAGAAGCUGGCCACGCACGCAUGGCGCAGCGGCGUUACCUUGGAUUGUAGUCAUAUUUCCGGCUGCCACAAUGAUUCCGCUGAUUGGCUCAGCCGUUGGGACAGCGACAUGUCUGCGCUGCCCUCCACGUGGUCCUUGGAUUACCGCGUCAGCUGCACUUUGCCUGUGCUUUGGGAAGGUGGGAGCACGCUGAGCCACCUCAGCACAGGUUUUCGGUACUUUGCGGGCAUUACCCUGCUGGCUUUCUAUGGGCUUGGCCGGAUCGGCGAGGUGCUACAGUGCAACCGCGGAGACCUGCUCCUCCCCAACGACGUCAUCGAUCCGGUCGCCGUGACCCUCAUCUCCAAGGUCUUCGGUCAGUGCUACAAGAACGAGUGGAACGUGCUCUUGACGGAGCUCGGGCUGGAGGCAGAGCUGCGCCUCACCCCAGGUGGGCUUCGCGGCGGAGGUGCCGUCGAAGCCUAUCGCAAGGGCGUGGCGGUGACCGAGAUCCAGUGGAGGAUGAGAUUGAAACACCUUCAUACCCUCGAAUUCUAUCUGCAAGAGCUGGGCGCUGUCUCUGCAUUGGCGGCUUUGAACAGCGUGGCCUCGAGAAGGAUCAAGGCCGCGGCCGCCUGCUACGACAUCCUGGCCUCCUCCUAUGUAUAG